AUGCAGAGCGCGCUUUUAAAAAACGUGCACGGCCAACUGUGCAGAGGCCGAAAUGGCAGUAGGAAAUGCUCUCAGCAGUUGGUGCGCUUGAACCCAACGGAGGAGGCGCCCCUCGGCGCCAGGGGGGUUAGUUCGGUUGGAUCCUACACUCGGAACUACACAAGGGAUUGUGCUGACCGUCAUGCUUCCCCCUACGUGUGGCAGUUCACCCUUGACUCCUCAUUUUCGCGCCGAGCAAUUAUUUACGCCGGCACCUGGAGCGGGAGCUCCCACCCGUUUGGAACGUAUGGCAAAUGUUAUGGCAUUCUCCACGUAGGGACACACAAAUUGGAGCACCCCAUGCUAGCCAACCACGUAACCUUCGCCACGAGCACGAAGAGCAAAAAGACCGGAAAGGAUGCAGACGGGAAAAAGGACAGUACAAAGCAGUGCGAAGGACAUGACCAAAGUAUGGCGAACGAUUCACAUAGUGAGGGAAUAAAUGAGUUAGGCGGAUUGAAAGGAUAUCCUUAUGAAGGGACAGAGAAUAUAGGGGGAAAAAAAAAAAAGUCCAAACUGAAGCUACUAGUGUAUCUGUUCACCCUCUCCUUCGGAGGAUACGUCAGCUACAAAGUGUACGAGAACGACAUGAACCUAUCCAAAGCGGAAGAGAGCAUAGUAAAAGAUUUGGUCCACCUAAUAUAUACAUACGAAGAAAAAAUGAGCAAGCAGAAUUCCAAGUUCAUGACCUGCUUAAGUGAAGAAUUAAACAAACAAAUAGCAAUGUAUUUCCUUCAGUUGGAUGCAGACAAAAGUUCAGGCUUCCUCAUCAGUGACGCGAUCUCCUUUUUAAAUGACCUGAAUAUAAAAGAAGACAACGCCAUUGUAAAAAGUUUUAUAAAAAAUGGGGUCGGAAAGAACAUCGAAAUGAAGAAGUUGUCUGGGUGUUCUCUACAACAGUUCGCGGAACUCCUGGAAAGCCUCAUCUUGGUCAGCAAAACGAAACAAGAAAAUGACUCCUCGAAAGGGGAACUCCAAACGGAUAGCAGCCAGGAUAACUACUACCUCAACAUGCUGCAGAAGUAUUUGAACUGCCUAGUCAGCAUUGUCAAGACGUCCGACUUAUAUUUGUACGUCCAAAUGAAGAAGAACGCGGCGUCAUCCUCCCCCGAAGGAGGUCAGGAAGGAGAACAGAUAGACGACGUAGAAAUGGCUAUCCUUAAUAAGCUCACCAAGUACAAUGAAAAAUAUGUGCAAAAAGAGAAUCUGACUUUGGAGUACUUAUUAAGCAAAGAGGAGUUAUCAAAGUUUAAGAAAAAUGCCAACCUCUCUAGGAAGGAAGAAGAGAAGGAGUUACUCCUCAUAGAGAAAAAAAAAUUGGAAGAGAAAAUCAAGCUUAUGCUAAAACUGCAGGAGAAAAAAAACUUAACAGAAACGGAGAUCAAGCGGCUACAAGAUUUGAAGAUAAAACUGAGGAACGUCAAUUAUACGAUAAAGAAAGAGGAGCUGAUGAAGUACUUCCAGUGA